UUCAGUUCAUCUUUUUCGUACAAUUUGUUUGAAUUUCUUUCAAUUUUUACCGARAAAAAUGAGUUCUCAUGACGAGGAAGAAGAAGAUGGUCCUUCUGUGGACUCUUUGAUUGCUGAAGAGCGAAUUGCCGCGCGACGGCUUCGAAUUCAACGGCGUUUAGAGGCYGCCAGAAGGCAAGCGAGUGGCGAAGAUACAAGCCAGAAAAAGCCUGUAGAUUCGGAAAAAGAUGCUUUGAAAAGCAGAAAACAGAUGGAAGAGAGCAGACAGCGACUACUCAAGCUCAAAACAGAUGGCACAGAACUUGUUACCAAUGUAUCAGUGGCAGCAGAUGCCAGGGAGGCAAUGAGGAGGCUUGAAGAGGAGGAAUCAAGAAGGCAGAGAAAUGAGAAACUUGAAGCUGAAGCUAAAUCUGCUACUGAAAAGUUUGAAGAGAUAACCAAGAAAUGGGAAUAUUCCUUGUCAAAAGAGAUUCCACAAGAUCUACAUUCUAUGCUGGUUGAGCAGAAAACAUCUUGYGAUGCCAUGAUUGAUGAAAAGGACAAACUAAUCCAUGAUUUYCAGCAGGAACUAAAAGGACGAGAUGACCAGUAUGUGAAAGACCUUAAGAGGGCUGCAGAAGACAUUGAUUUGAUUAUUGAACGAGAAGAAGAGCAAAUAAAACAACUUACYAAAGCUUACAGAGAAGAAGUCACCCAGAUAGAGAAAGCAUUUGCGACAGAAAGAGCAGAGCUUCUUGCUAACAACAAAAAGAAAUGGGAAACUGCGAUGCAGCAAAGGAACGACAAAGAGAAUGAGUACAUGGAUGCCAGACGUAAGAGAGUGGAGGAUUAUGAAAACCAACUCCAGACACUAAGAGUACAAGAUGCUGAGGAGUACAACAUGGUGAAGAUAAAACUAGAAACUGACGUACAGAUAUUAGAGCAACAGCUCCAACAGAUGAAGGCCACCUACCAACUCAACCAGGAGAAACUAGAGUAUAACUUCCAGGUACUUAAAAAGCGAGAUGAGGAAAACACCAUUACUAAAUCCCAACAGAAGAGAAAGAUUACACGGCUUCAGGAUGUAUUAAAUAAUUUGAAACAAAAGUUAUCAAAGCAGGAAAAACAGUACAGGGAGGAGAACCAGGCUCUCACAGAUGACUACAAGCGCAUCACAGAGCAGUUCAGAGAGCUACAGAAGAAAUACAGGCAUUUUCAGGCAACUGAUCAAAAGAAAUUCGAGGACAUCUGGGUCAUGAACGAAGAACAGGUYAGAGAUCUGGUGAAGAAGGUCUGUGAUGCCGACAGAAUCAUCUGUGAACAGCAGUUAGGAUUACCAUGGGAACCACAUGAUCUUGAGGUGUUUGAUAAACUGCCUGGUCUGAAUAAAGGAUUGGUAGAGCAAGAGCGAGAGCAACAACCAUCCGCGACACAGGUCGCACAUGACAUCAUGACAGGAGUUAUUACCGAUGAAGACACUGUCAGACAGGACCAGAGUGUGGUCAGCGGUAGUAUCAAGGACAGCGAAAGUCGCUCACAACCUAAACUACCUGCCAGAGUUAUCAAGUCUAUACUAGAGCUCGUUUGUGAUGAAUCGGGAUUUCUUGUAGAAUCUAAGUUGAACAAGCUUCUUGCUCCUCUUGACAAAGACGAACAGUCGCUGAUGAAACUGGACGCCAUUUUUGCGGCCCUUGGCAUCGACACGGAAGACGAUAUCUACGUUCUUGCGCAGUACUUCGUUAAAAAUGACCCCGAAAAUCCCGAAGAGGCAGACCAGCCAGUUAACGACAAGGAAAAAGAUGACGUAAAGAUUGCUGAUGAGGACAAACCGGAAAAACAGGACAAACAGGAAGUGGAAGGGGAGGACGUUAUGUCCGAGAAGUCGUCUGUUAGUACGAGAAAGCAGGAGACUGCCAAGCUGAUUCACCCUAAUGAUGUCGUUGCUGCCUUGAGGACCUUUGUUGAGGAUAACCGACAGACGCAAAAGGAUACCAAGCGACAUACUGUGAAGGUCGAAGCGGGCUCUACAAAACAAAUCGGGUAAUGAGAUAAUGAGCAUCGCUUUAAUAUGAUUUACCCUGAUUUGAAUUAAAAAUGAUAAGAACAUUUUGCGCAUUUAAAAGUUUUCAGCGCUGUAUUGACCGUUUCCGAAUUCUCUAUACCAAAAUCUUUUUCAUCGSCAUUUCAUUCGCCUUCGUAGUCAUUAAUGCUUUGCUAWCUCGACAGYGURCACCCRGAGUUCUGGGAACAGACCGSAUCAGUGAUAGACGAGAAAAAAGAACGACUAUGGAACGGGCUACUUCUUGGUUUUGAGAAAUAUCUGAAUGUCUUGACAGAAAGAGCAGGAUUAAUACAAGAAACGGACGCACUUCGGCAACAGAAUGCUGAGUUACGAAUGCUGCUUCACCAAUACGUUAAUUCAAGGGUCAACCAAGAGCUAGAAAUUCCACCAACUAAAAUAUUACAAGCAGAACUGUCCAAGGAAGCCUCGUGAUUUUGGUUUUAUUAUUCAGGAAUUCUUAGAAUCCACUGCGGAUAUUUUCUAUGUACAUAAUCUGUUUUAUAAAAUUAUUAAAACUAUUCACUGAACAGAA